AAUAACAAGAGCUAUCGAAUGGUGUAUUUAUUUUCUUUUUAUGAAGCCUAUUUUCGAAGUUAUAAUGUGCCAAGAACGUAACACGUAGUAGUGUUUCGAAGAAUAGCAAUUCAUGAAUAGAUAGAUCGAUGUACGCGGGCCUCACCCCGCGCUCCCGCUGCCCGCGCGCUGGUUACUUCGUCAUUCGCGGUCGUGUUGGCGGGAGGUGUGCAUGUGUUUGCUUGUGCAUGGGUGACGGUUAAAUUACAUGUUGUUUAUUGGUUUUUCUAAUUGAAUUUACAUAUUUCUUUGAUAUUUGAGAUUAUUAUUCAAUAUGAAACGUUCUAAGAAAAUAUUGUCUUUAAUUUUGCCCGAUGAAAGUAUAGAUAAUACAAGUUCUAGUCAACAGAUACAACGAAACUUUAUCCAAAAAGAUAAUGAUGAUCGGGAGCUUUCAUCACCUUUACCGGACGGGGUCGAAGAAACUUACAUCCUUUUACGCGACGUUUUUAAUGAUACGGACGAAGUUAUCGUUAAUAACACAAUCAAAGAAGAUCAAAAUGCUGUAAAUGACACUGUUCACUUACUAAAUACAGUCCCCGAAAAUGUAAGCCCAAAACCAGCUCCGAUGAUAAUAUAUGAUAUUUCCAGUCCCACUUUGAUAGAUCCAUCUCCAUUUAAUAUAGAAACCACAACAAGUUUUGAAAAUUCCCCGAUGCCAGUAAAUCAUAACAGUAUAUUGGUAGACUGUUUGAAUAUCCCUACACCAAUGCCAUCUCCUCUAAACCAUCACUCCAAGGCUAAAUGUCAAGAUGUAUUUUGUACGGAACAUGAAUGUUGGUUAGAUUCAGCUGAUAACCCUUCAACUACAAAUAGAAAAUCUAGAAAACGUGCCCGGAACGUGGAAAACUGGUAUGAUGUUAAACGGAAAUGUCGCACUAAUAUGGGUAAAUCAUAUAUAUCGAAAAGAGGAAAAUUAGUAGAUGAGAAGUUAAUUAGGCCAGCAUGCCAAUGUCGUUAUAAAUGCAGUGACAAAAUAACACCUGAUCAACGCCUAGAGAUUUUCAGGAAAUUUUGGUCAUUGGCUGAUAAACAGAAACAGUGGGCUUACGUAAUACAGUUUACACUGAAAAUUAAAAAAAAACGCUGUAUUAAUAGUGACGAGCCAAAUAAUCGUAAGUUUACUUAUAAAUAUUUUCUUCCUGUUGUAACGUCCGACCCUGUUUGCGCUAAAAUAGAUGUCUGUAAGACAAUGUUUUUAAAUACGCUUGGCAUAAGUGGCAGAGUAUUACAAACUGCUUGGUCAAAGUAUGAUGGUACUGCAGUCGUUGAAGAGGAUCAACGAGGUCGUCACAAGAGUCACAAAAUAGUACUUGUCGAUGAAAUGAUUCGUAGCGUUUGUGACCACGUCAAGUCUUUCCAACCUGUGGAAUCCCAUUAUCUCAGGGAGAAAAGUACUAAAUUAUAUCUGGACGGUAGUUUAAGUAUAGCCCGCAUGUUUACUUUAUACAAGGAGUGGUUCAACGACGAACAGUACUCAAUCAAAGCACGGACAGAAAGGCAAUACCGUGAUAUUGUCAAUGACCACUUUAACUUGGCAUUUUUUGUUCCUAAAAAAGAUCAAUGUGACCAAUGUCACAUAUUUAAAAAUUUGAAAAAUCCUUCUGAAGUGGAACAAGAUACUUUUGCUAAACAUCAGGAUAGAAAAAAGAUUGCAAGAGCUAUGAAAACUGCAGAUAAAGAGAGCGCCAAAAAUUCUAAUGGUGAAAUAGUCUGUGCUGUGUUCGAUUUUGAAAAGGUAUUGACUUGUCCUCACGGACAAGUUAGUAUUUUUUAUUACAAAAGAAAAUUAAGCUGCUUAAAUUUUACAAUUUUUGAUAUGGGUAAUAAACAUGGAACGUGUUAUAUGUGGGACGAAACGAUAGCUAAGCGUGGAGCAAACGAUGUAAGCAGUUGUUUGAUUGAUUUUAUUGAUUGUAACGUGCAAAAAGGAGUUCGCGAGUUCCUUUUUUGGUCUGACAACUGCGCCGGUCAAAAUAGAAACCGAAUCGUGUACUCAUCCUACAUUUACGCUUCUAAGAAGUACAAAGUGACCAUCACACAUCGCUUUAUGGAGAAAGGUCACACGCAGAACGAAGGUGAUAGCGUUCAUGCAUGUAUUGAAAAUGCCUCCCGUGCCAAAAUAAUCUAUACACCUCAAGAGUGGCAAUUAUUAGUGAGAUGGAGUAAAAAUAAUGAUUAUCCGUAUGAAGUUAAAAAUAUGACUCAAGAGCAUUUUUACGAUUUUAAAAGUCGGGUUGUUGAUAAAGUAUGGAGUAAAAAUUGUCGUGGUCAGAAAGUUAAUUGGAACAAUAUUAAAGAAGUACACGUAGAUUGCAAUGAUUCAAACAAACUAUAUUAUAAAUACGAUUUAAGCGCUGAAAUGUAUGAUGCUAUAACUAUCGGUAAUACAACUAGAAACUCAAGAGGCAAUCAAAAUAUGCAAAUAAAAAAGGCCUAUAAUCAGCUUUUGCCUAUUUCGCGGGAUAAAUACAAAGAUCUUCUUAGUUUAUGCAAUACAAAUAUUAUACCCGUUGAAUAUCAUGAUUAUUUCAAAACAUUGCCCAACGGUGAUGCCAACACAAGUGAUGAUGAAGAAAAUUAGUAGGCACGAUGAUUACAGUAUUUUUUUGAUUUUUGAUUAUUUUUCCUUUUAAACUUAUAAUAUUAUGUUGUUUUUUUUAGAGUUUCUUUGUUGAUUUAGAGUUGCUUUAUUGGUUUCUAAUUUGUCACUUGAAGUAAAAAGACUGAUUAUUAGAAAUUUUAUUUUC